GUACUACUGCUGCGGAAUUUGAUACAAGUGAAGAAAUGAAUCAAGUCACCUCUAUUCGUGGACAUAAUGCAUACCAAGCUAGCAUUCAUACCAGUAUUACAGAAAAGCAAGAAUACGCCCAUGGUUUUGGAAUAGCAAAAAGUGGUUUAAAAUUCGCUCUUGAAAAUGGACUAGUCAAUGAAUUCGUAGGACUAAUUGUGAAAUUCAUUGAAAACCAUAGUGGUGUUGCUACUAGUGAGCAUAUAACAAAAUUGAAGCACAAGAGGCGUUCAAGGUUGUUGGAUUCUGCGCAGCAAAAUGAAAUAGAAGCUGAAAACGAAUAUACUGAAGAACUUCUACCAAAGAAACGAGUUAAUACAGUGAAUGAUGAAAAUUCUACAUCAAAGGUGGAGGGUCGUUACUAUAGUAAUUGUUAUGGAACUGGACACUAUGCCAAUACAUGUAAAUUUCCUACAGUGAAUGGUGAAAAUUCUACAUCAAAG